AUGGCCAUACAUGCUUCUAUCUGCAGAUCACGGAAGAUAAUCACAGUUUUUUACAAUAUGAUUAGGAAAAGAAUUAAUGUUUGCUUUUCAGCCAGGCGCACCUGCUCAACUCUGUUUUUGCAUGUACUGUUCAGGCAGCAAAAUGAUACUUCUACAUUGGAUUUAGUCAUACGGCAAGAUCUUUACUGGCCUGAUGGCACAAGUCAACCCUGCAAGGCUUGUAACAAUCCUGACAAGUUUGAUAUAAAGCACCCUGAUAGUUCUGUUGAAUUAGCUGCUGGUCACUUGGAUCCACGCACUCAAUUUAGUGGAUUUACGAGAGAGAUAGAUUUCUAUGACUCUGAAGAUGAAGAUAGAUAUCUGAGAGAUGCGGAGGCUGAGCUAAGACGAGUCUACAAGGGCCUUGAUGACCCACGUGUUAUUGAGAGGCUAUUCACGCUCCCUCCUGGCGUAACUAUUGUGCAAGACUAA